AUGACGUGCUUCUGUUUGCCCUCGCUCUCUCCUCUCAGUCACACCCUCUUCCCUCAAUGCGCUGUGGUUAGAGUUGGAGUUUCUCUGGCCAGAAGCCUCUCCCGAUUGCAUGCGCGCGAUUCCGUUAUUCGCUCACCGGCGAAGAUUCGCGCUGCUCGUAAUGGCGGCGCUUUCGAGACCGAAACCGCCGUGGUGGAAAAGCCGCAAUUGGAGAGUCUCUUCCAAUUUUCCAGAGGCUGCCCUUCCCCCUUCGGUGCCACCGUUCGAGACGGUGGAGUCAAUUUCGCUAUUUACUCUCUCAACGCAGUCUCCGCCACCCUCUGUUUGUUUACUCUCUCCGAUUUUCAGAAUAAUCGAGUGACGGAGUAUGUUCCGCUUGAUCCUUUGUUAAAUAAGACUGGAGGUGUCUGGCAUGUUUUCCUGAAAGGAGAUUUUAGCGACAUGCUUUAUGGAUACAAAUUUGAUGGCAAGUUUUCUCCUCUCGAGGGGCACUACUAUGACUCUUCUCGUAUACUGUUGGACCCUUAUGCAAAAGCAGUAAUAAGUAGAGGGGAGUUUGGCGCUUUAGGACCUAAUGGUGACUGCUGGCCUCAUAUGGCUGGCAUGGUACCUUCUGAUCAUGAUGAGUUUGAUUGGGAAGGAGAUUUGCCACUGAAGUAUCCACAAAAGGAUCUUGUUGUAUAUGAGAUGCAUGUGCGAGGGUUCACAAAGCAUGAGUCGAGCAACACCAAGUUCCCUGGUACAUAUCUUGGUGUGGUGGAGAAGCUUGACCACUUAAAGGAACUUGGAGUCAAUUGUCUAGAAUUAAUGCCAUGUCAUGAAUUCAAUGAGCUGGAAUACUCCAGUUACAAUUCUGUACAAGGGGACUACAGCAUUGGAUGGGUCAAUUUUUGGGGCUAUUCAACCAUCAGUUUCUUCUCCCCAAUGAUCAGAUACUCAUCUGCUGGGAUACGAAACUGUGGCCGCGACGGGAUUAAUGAAAUUAAAUUCCUGAUCAAAGAGGCGCACAAACGAGGAAUAGAGGUUAUCAUGGAUGUUGUUUUCAAUCAUACAGCCGAAGGGAAUGAGAAUGGUCCCAUCAUUUCUUUCAGAGGUAUUGACAACAGUGUCUAUUACAUGGUAGCACCCAAGGGGGAGUUCUAUAACUAUUCUGGAUGUGGAAACACAUUCAAUUGCAGCCAUCCAGUUGUACGGCAAUUUAUAGUGGACUGCUUAAGAUAUUGGGUUACAGAAAUGCAUGUGGAUGGUUUUCGCUUUGAUCUUGCUUCUAUUAUGACCAGGAGUAGCAGUCUCUGGGAUGCAACCAAUGUAUUUGGUACUCCAAUAGAAGGUGAUUUGCUGACAACUGGAACCCCUCUAGGCAGCCCACCAUUAAUUGACUUGAUCAGUAACGAUCCUAUACUCCGGGGAGUGAAGCUUGUAGCUGAAGCCUGGGAUGCUGGAGGCCUCUACCAAGUUGGCACUUUCCCUCACUGGGGUAUAUGGUCAGAAUGGAAUGGAAAGUAUAGAGACACGGUGCGCCAGUUUAUCAAGGGUACAGAUGGUUUUGCUGGGUCAUUUGCUGAAUGCCUUUGUGGGAGUCCUAAUUUAUAUCAGGGAGGAGGAAGAAAACCAUGGAAUAGUAUUAACUUUGUAUGUGCUCAUGAUGGAUUCACGCUAGCUGAUUUGGUGACCUAUAACAACAAGCAUAAUUUGUCAAAUGGAGAAGACAAUAAUGAUGGAGAAAAUCAUAAUAAUAGCUGGAACUGUGGACAGGAGGGGGAAUUUGUCAGUACCUCAGUGCAGAAAUUGAGGAAACGACAAAUGCGGAAUUUUUUUCUCUCUCUCAUGGUUUCGCAGGGAGUUCCAAUGAUAUAUAUGGGAGAUGAAUAUGGACACACAAAAGGGGGAAACAACAAUACCUAUUGUCAUGAUAAUUAUCUUAAUUACUUCCAUUGGGACAAAAAGGAAGAAUCCUCAUCAGACUUCUUCAGAUUUUGCUGCCUUGUGACUAAGUUCCGCCAGGAAUGUGAAUCGCUAGGCUUAGAUGACUUCCCAACUUCAGAGAGGCUGCAGUGGCAUGGUCAUUUUCCUGGAAUGCCAGACUGGUCUGAAACUAGCCGUUUUGUGGCUUUUACCAUGGUAGACUUGGUGAAGGGAGAAAUUUACAUUGCUUUCAAUACGAGUCAUUUACCCUUCACAAUUACAUUGCCAGAGCGUCCUGGAUAUAGAUGGGAACCUCUUGUAGAUACCAGCAAGCCUACACCAUAUGAUUUCCUCACUCCUGACCUUCCUGGAAGAGAUAUUGCAAUACAACAGUAUGCUCAGUUUCUGGACGCCAAUAUGUAUCCCAUGCUUAGUUAUUCGUCCAUUGUCCUCCUGCGCACUCCAGAUCAAAAUGCGUUUAUGAGACGUGGAUUGAGAAGUGGGGUCAAGAAUAGAGGGUUUGGGAAUGUAAUGGUAAACACUGAAGAAUUCCAGAAAAAUCUAGACCGCACUCCAUAA